AUGGCUGUUAUUGAGUUCGCUCCUCUGAACAUUCCACUUGAAAGGAGACUUCAGACGCUUGCUGUUGUACAUUAUGUGUUCUUCUUUCUAAUUGCUCCUCCAUUAUCCAUUUUCCUUGCCAUCUAUUUGCUGUGGAUCAACAUCUUGUAUGGGAUUUGGCUGUAUUAUGACCGAGACGCACCAAUCCGUGGUUAUCGUCGAAUGAAGUGGUUCCAAGGAAGUGUUAUAUGGAAAUACUUUGCAGACUAUUUUCCCCAAAAACUGAUAAAGACAGCUGAUUUGCCUUCGGAUCGGAACUACAUCAUUGGCGCUCAUCCUCACGGAAUCAUGAGCUUAGGAACGUUCACGACGUUUUGCACGAAUGGGACUGGCUUUUGGGACAAAUUCCCUGGACUUACACCAUAUUUGGCUACCCUUCCUGGGCAGUUCCUAUUUCCUUUUAGAAGAGAAUAUAUCUUAUUGUCUGGAAGUUCAUAUUGUUCUUUUGCUAACUGCUGUAACAGAGGUUUAAGCGCUUUUAAACACUAUUGUCGCAAACAAGGCUUAUUAAACUUAUUGAACAAUCAGAAGGGUUUGGUUUUGGCAAUUGUCCUGGGAGGUGCUGAGGAAGCACUGGAAUGCCGUCACGACAAUUACGACUUAAUUUUGCGCAAGAGAAAAGGAUUUGUAAGGCUCGCGUUGGAAACAGGCGCUCUGGUACCAUGUUAUAUGUUUGGAGAAAAUGAUACUUACAAUCAAGUGUCAAACAAUAGAGGGACGUUACUAAGGAAACUGCAGGUUACAUUUCGGCGUUACGCUGGAUUCAGCACUCCAAUAAUUUUUGGCCGAGGGAUCUUCAACUACACUUUCGGAGUCCUUCCUUUCAGGACACCAAUCCACACUGUUGUUGGUCGGCCUAUUAAUGUGAAACCAACCCCAAAUCCCACCAACGAAGAAGUGGAUGCGUUGCAUGAAACGUAUUGUGAGGAGCUAAAUAAACUUUUUGAUGAAAACAAGGGGAAGUACGGGAUCAGUCAUGACACCAAGCUGCAUUUCAUUUAA